UCACCAACCCAGGGUAGGCGCGGACAGGGCAUCUGCAUUUGCCUUUUGGCGCGGGGCAGACACAAGGAGGCCGGGCCCCGGCAUCAUACCUGUCUUGGCAUCGGAGUCGCAGCAAACCAAAUCCAAAACCUAGCGUGUGAAUCCCUUUCACUUCUCAAGUUCUCAUCCGGAUGGCUUUGGCAUAGCUGCCCCUCCAAGCCGGGUCUAGAUCUUGUCGUCUCCAACAGAUCCCAGCUGUAGUAGGAGUAGUUGGUUAGCUGAUCCGGGUUGGGCGACACGUUCUGCUCUCCCGCUCCCGCUCCCGCUCCAAACACCACCGCACGAACCCAAUCGAGACAGAGAUGCUAACCCGCUUCUUUAGCCGCGCCGACGCCGGCGCCGCCGAGGACCCGGCGCCGGAGCCCUUCUCCUUCCCCGAGCCCCUCCCGACGUGGCCGCAAGGUACGCGUGCCGACCGUGAUUCGUUGAUUGAGGUGUGGGUUCGACGUGGCACUCGUGUAGGUGGCGGGUUCGCGCGGGGGAGGAUCCGCGUGGCCGGAGGGGAGCUGGAGCUCGCCGCGGCCACUGCCUUCGACAAAAUCUGCACCCUCUCGCCGUCGGCGCGGCUGCAGCGCUGCGACGGCGCCACCUUCUACCGGCCGGCCGGCGUGCCCGAGGGCUUCACCCUGCUCGGCCACUACUGCCAGCCCAACAGCCGCCGGCUCCACGGCCACCUCCUCGUCGCCAGGGCCGCCGACCCGCCGCGCUCGGCGGAGCCGCCUCUCCUCGCGCCGCGGGAUUAUGAGCUCGUCUGGGCCUUCCACGCCACCGGCGGCGCCGCCGCGAGCGCGAGCGCGGGCUCUUGCGUCGGCUACGGCCGCAGCGACGCCUACUUCUGGCUCCCCGUGCCGCCGGAGGGGUACCGGGCGCUCGGGAUCCUCGUCACGACGGGGCCCGCCAAGCCGCCGCUCGACGAGGUGGGCUGCGUCCGCGCCGACCUCACCGACGAGUGCGAGCCGCACGGCUCGCUGCUCCACCUGCAGCUCACGCGGCCGACGUCGGCGUCCCCUGGCAAGGCCUUCGCCGUGCGCGGCCUGAGGCCGCUGUGCCGGGGAAUGCGGGAGAAGGGCAUCGGCGCUGGCACUUUCUGGUGCGCCGCCGCGGACGGGUGCUCGUCCCCGGCCCCGAGCGAGCAGGACCUCGCGUGCCUCAAGAACGUCGACCUCGACCUGUCGGCGAUGCCGACCCUGGAGCAGGUGCACGCCGUGAUCCAGCAUUACGGCCCCACGCUCUACUUCCACCCCAAAGAGGUCUACCUGCCGUCGUCCGUCGCCUGGUACUUCAAGAACGGGGCCAAGCUGUUCAAGAAAGGGGGAGGCGCCGUCGGCGAGGAGAUCGACGCCGAGGGGUCCAACCUCCCGGGCGGCGGGUGGAACGACGGGGAGUACUGGAUGGACAUACCGGACGGCAAGAGGAGGCAGGCGAUCCUCCGCGGCGACAUCGAGAGCGCGGAGCUGUACGCGCACGUGAAGCCGGCCAUGGGCGGGGCGUGCACCGACGUGGCCAUGUGGGUGUUCUGCCCGUUCAACGGCCCGGCCAGGCUGAAGCUCGGCCCGAUCAACCUGCCGCUGGGCACGACCGGGCAGCACGUCGGCGACUGGGAGCACUUCACGCUCCGGGUCAGCAACUUCACCGGCGAGCUCAUGGCCGUCUACUACUCGCAGCACAGCGGGGGCAGGUGGGUGGACGCGGCCAAGCUGGAGUACGCCGCGGGGAACAGGCCGGCGGUGUACUCGUCCCGGAACGGGCACGCGAGCUACCCGCGCGCCGGCGUGUACCUGCAGGGCUCGGCGGCGCUCGGGGUCGGGAUCCUGAACGAGGCCGCCCGGAGCAAGCUGUCCGUCGACUCCAGCGUCAAGUACCGCGUGGUGGCGGCGGAGUACCUCGGGGACGGCGUCGUGGCCGAGCCCCAGUGGCUGCAGUUCAUGCGGGAGUGGGGGCCGACGGUGAUCUACAGGUCGAGGACGGGGACGGAGCGGAUGGUCAAGAGUAUGCCCCAGCGGCUCAGUUGUCCGGCGGAGAACAUGCUCAACAAGAUGCCGAACGAGCUCUCCAAGGAGGAAGGGCCCACCGGGCCCAAGGAGAAGAAUAUGUGGGAGGGAGAUGAAAGAUGGUAGGCGUAGAGUGAAGUGUGUGGCUUUUCAUUUUUUUAAAAAGUGUGUGGCUUGAUAUCCUGAUCGUUGGGACGAGUGUAUUGUAACAUGAACAGAACUUGUCGGGGUUGGGUGCAACGUAUGCCAAUGGAUGGCUUAUUAUGA